AUGGCAUGGGGGCUGGCUAACAGCCAGCAGCCUUUCCCGUGGGUGGUUCGACCGGAUCCAACAACUGCUAGUUCGGAUUGGAAAGAUUCACUUCCUGAAGGUUUCAGAGAAGCCACUGGAGAAAGGCUCACAACCAUAUACAUCAUGAUGGAUGGACGAUCCUUACCAUAUCCAUCAAAAGUUUCGCAACAAUUUGAGAUCCAGAUGAUUGUUGUUUUCCUCAUCACGCAGGCCUUCCAUUGCAUGCUCAAGCGUCAAGGAAUGCCUCCUUUUACCUCUCAACUCAUUACUGGCUUGGUUCUUAGUCCACCAAUCCUUGGGCACUUGAAGGUAUUCAGGGUUAUAUUUUCCUCCAGAAGUCAAGAAUUGAUAUAUGUGCUAGGUUUCAUCGGUCAAACACUGUUUGUGUUUUUGAGUGCUGUGAAGACUGAUAUGGGAAUGAUGAAGAGAAUGGGAAGAAAAGCCUUUUGUACUGGAAUUGCCUGCCAAGUAUCACCUUUGCUAUUUGGCAAUUUACUGCAGUUCACACUCAAAAAAUGUUGGCUACCCGAAGAAAUGUAUCAUAAAAACUCAAUUCUAACAGCAGCACAUUCGCUAACUUCAUUUCCAGUUGUCGUUUAUCUACUUGAGCACCUUAGGAUUCUGAAUUCCGAGCUGGGUCAAUUAGCCUUAUCUGCAUCAUUGGUCAGCGACCUUAGUGGCUUGAUGAUCAUGGUCCUUUUCGAAGUGUUUAGAAUUUCGACCGAGAUAAGUGUUACGCGCGCUAUGAUGACGGUCGGAUCAAUUCUCAUCUAUCUUUUUCUCAUUGCAUAUGCAUUUCGACCGGCAAUGUUUUGGGUAGUGAGGAAGACACCUGAAGGCAAGCCUGUCAAAGGCAUGUACAUUCACAUCAUCAUGGCGUUAAUGUUUCUGUCCGGGUUGUAUGCUAAUUAUAAUGUUUUGCCUUUCUUCCUCGGACCUUUUGUUCUUGGUAUGGCUGUACCAGCUGGACCUCCUUUAGGAUCCACCAUUGUCAGCAAGCUGAACUGCUUUACUGAACAAGUAUUUCACCCACUCUAUGUGACUGCCGCUGCCAUGAAAGCAGAUAUGCAUUCAGUCACAUUCAGUGACAGAUCCAUAACGUUCAACAUUAUCCUGAUUUGUUCUACAUUUGUGGCAAAAAUGGUGGGGUCUUUGGUUCCACCUUUGUACUCCAAAAUGCCCUUGAAUGAUGCUUUAGCAGUUGCUCUGAUUUUGAGUUUCAAAGGUGUCAACCAUUUGACCAUAUAUUUCUGCACUUUAAUGUUUAAGGAGGAUCCCAAAGAAGGUGAAGCAGUGUUCUCUUUGUUAACUAUUGCGAUCCUAGUAAAUGCACUUAUCAUUCCAGUUUUGGUGAAGUACCUGUAUGAUCCUUCAAGGAAAUAUGCAGGUUAUCAGAAAAGGGAUAUCAUGCAUUGCAGAGGCAAUGCGGAGCUCCGAGUCCUGGUGUGCAUCCACGGGUCUGCUAAUGUUGCUACUACAAUCAAACUACUUGAAGCUGCAUGCUUGUCUAGAGAAAGGCCCCUUGAAAUUUAUGUGCUUCACCUUAUCCCACUAAUCGGUCGAGCCUCCCCAAUUUUCAUUUCCCACAACAAACAGAAAACUGUUAGUUCCAGUUCUUCCUUUUCAGAGAAUAUCAUUGUCCCUUUCGAACGUUUCAAACAAGAAAGGAAAGUGGUUGGAUUAUCCCUAAACCUUUUCACAGCAAUCACUCCACCCAAGUGCAUGCAUGAAGAUAUUUGCACCCUUGCAUUGGACAGGCUCACAUCCCUCAUAGUGCUCCCAUUCCAUCGAAAAUGGUCCAUUGAUGGGUCCUUUGAAUCAGAUGACAAUAACAUAAGGACCUUAAACUACAAUGUCCUCCAAUUAGCUCCCUGCUCCGUCGGGAUCUUAGUUGAUCGUGGCCAUUUAGGCCGCUCGAUGGCUUCAACGGAGUCAUCCUACUCUGUUGCCAUGUUCUUCUUAGGAGGUAAUGAUGAUCAAGAGGCAAUAAUUUUUGCCAAACGCUUGGCGGGAAACACGAACAUCACCCUGACUGUGGUUCACCUUGUUGCUUCUGAAACCGAUGGAGAUAUCCAAAUAGACAACUUGCUUGAUUUCGAGGUCUUGAAGGAUGUCAAGCGUAACAAUGUGGGUAAUGCAUAUGUGAUAUAUUCAGAGGAGAAAGUGGAAGAUGGGCCUCAGACGGCAAUGGUAAUUCGCUCUAUGGCGUACAAGUUUGACCUAAUAAUUGUUGGCAGGCGACAUAACAUAGAUUCCCCUCAGACCUCAGGGCUUGCGGAAUGGAGUGAAUUCCCAGAGCUUGGGGUCAUCGGAGACUUGCUCGCCUCCUCAGAUGUCGUUGGUAGCAAAGCUUCUAUCUUGGUGGUGCAGCAACAACAAACAGAUGAUAGGUAG